GGAUCAGGACUGUGAGGGGAGUGCCGGGGGAAAUCAGGUCAGGGACGAGCACAGGGGCGAUCAGGGCUGUGAGGGAGGCACCGAGGGAACAGAGACUGAAGGGAAUGCUGUGGGGAUUGAGGCUGUGACGACUCAGCCAGCUGCGGGGAGGAUGGAGGGAGCAGGUCUGAGACAUGCUGGGGGGGAUCAGGCCCGUGCAGGGGUCAGGGGCCUCAUGGUGGCCCAUCAGAGCCCUGUUGACAGCUGUCACGCAGGUGGCCGGCCUGGGCAACUACGGGCUGCGGGGCACACGGCACAGCGUGGGCAUGGAGGUGCUGGACCGGCUGGCCCGGCAGCUGGCGGUGGCCGAGGGCUGGCGAAUGGACAAGCGGUGCUGCGCUGAUGUGACCCUGGCCACGGCCCACGGCCUAGAUCUGGUGCUGCUCAAGCCACGGAGGUUCAUGAACCUCAGUGGGCUCAGCGUCGCCAGUGCUGCUGAGAUUUACAACCUUGGCCCAGAAGACAUUUACCUGGUUCACGACGACCUGGACAAGGCCCUGGGCAAGGUGGCAAUCAAGCUGGGAGGCAGCGCAAGGGGACACAACGGGGUCCAAUCCUGCAUCAAUGCUUUGCAUUCCAACGAGAUGACCCGGCUCAGAAUUGGCAUUGGGCGGCCAGAGGGUGAUGUGACAGUGCCCGACUAUGUCCUGUCUCUGUUCAGUGCUGGGGAGCGGGAGAAGCUGGAGCAGAUCCUGGCCCAGGCAGUGACCUGCCUGCUGGAGCACAUACAGAGCCGAGUGCCUGCAGAGCCAGGGGACAGGGGCUGGCACAAAACCCCUGGGGACCCCUGUGGCUGAUGGACAGGGUGCUGCGGGCUCUCUGGAGUGACUGUGGUAUGGAGCAGAGCUGGCCCAGCUGGGCAGCCUGGCCUCCUUCCAUCCGCACACCAAUCCAGGCAGCUCAUGUCCCACUCGCAUCCCUGCAGAGGCUCCAUACCUCAGUUUGGCACAGAAAUUAAAUUGACCCUCAUCCUGA